AUGCAUAGUGAAACUGUAACGAAUGUAAUUGAAGUGGAAAAUCAUAGGAAGGUCGCCCUUGAUUGCCAGCUUGCUAGCAGGAUAAUGGUUUUUUGUUACAAGGCAAACCCUGAAGCUGCACCAUUUCGGUCAAAGGAACUCCUGUUCUUUAACAAACAGAAUAUCAUCUAUGCUGGAAUAGUAGUUACCGGAGAAACAGAACUUCCUACAAGGCGUCGGAAGGAUGAUUAUGGUUCGACCACCUCUCUCUUCCACCUAAAAGAGCUAGGAGGCUGGACUCCUAAUAGAAGGACUGAGCAUCAAUACGAUGUAGUUGAAUCAAGGAGCACUAUAACGGGCCCAUAUUCUUCGGCCAAUUAUAUUAUUGGGGAAUGCAUCAAGUGCUUGGAUGAGAUAAAAGAAAUAGACCAAGGAGGUGAAGGAGGUGACAUCUGCUUAUUUGCAUUAGACAUGUUCCUGAAGAAUGAAUACCGAGAAAUUUUCCUCGAUCUAAAAAUGCCUAGAGUAAGGAUUGCAUGGUUGCAAUGGCUGCAAUCAGUUGGUCCAACUUUGUCUUUGCAUUAA